AUGGAACAUCAAUUAUUUAUCCACUGUGAAUCAUACCUCAUUAUCAUAUGCCGCCGGUGCAAGCACGCUGUGUGGCCAACAGAGAUUGAACGGCAUCUGAAAGGCAAGGCCCAUCAGCUAAAGCAUGCGGUGGUUCAGCAGAUAAAGGAGAACAUUGAACAGUGGGACAAUGUGGCUCGAGAUACUACACAGUUAACACUGCCCACAUACUACACAAACAAGCACAGCUGGUCGCCAUAUCCCAGCCGUGGCCGUACAGCGCCACAAAAGCGUACGGCAGCACAGGAUGAGGUGGACAGAUCAUGCCAGAAGGUGCAGUUCCAGCAGGUAUUUGCAUCGCGCAAGGGCUCCCACUACAUACAGAUCCAGACUAAGGAGACUACUGAGCACACCGGCACGCCAGACCAGAACAGAGCCAGCCAGGUCAUUGAUGAGCUGGAGCGGUUUUACCGGGAACAGCAACGGCAGACCAGCAAUGUCAUGCAUGCCGGGGAGCACGAUGAAGCCAAUCCAUGGCUGCGGCGGACCAGAUGGCCGGUGUACUUGACCAACAUCGCACCCAAUGAUCUGGUCAACUGCGUCCAGCGGCCCGAGGAUGACACCACGUGUCCAGAUGAACUGGCCGCGAGGGCCAUCUGGGAGGCCAUGGGUCAGGUUGCCCGUACCAGCCAGCGAGUCAUCACACGGCUGGGCCACUUCGUCCGCAUCGAGGCCAUCCGCACAGAGCGACACCAGACCCGGCACACCCCGUUGCAGGCGUACAUGGACGAGGAGAGCAUCGCCGAGCACGUGAGGCCAUGGCAGCAGAUGUUGAUGUUUUUCGCCCGAACGCAGGUCGAGCAUGAAUGGACGAGCCCACAGUACCGGUUCACACCACGGCAGCGCAAGACAUGGAGGGUAUUAUGGCAGGUAGCCACCACAGAGGGAGCCGACCAGCGACACUCCAUCAGCCCAGACCCCAUGGAUGAGCAGAUGACUGAGGAAGAAGAAGAGGAGGAGGAGAAGGGACAGAGAGAUACCCAGCCAGAAGAAGAAGAUAAGUUCAAAUCAACCAAGAUCCAGAUGGCAUGUUUGGAUUUUUGA